AUGGGAAUCCCGCAGACCGACGCCAGUAGCACGCAGGUGUCGAAGCAAGCCGUGAUGGCGCGCGCUGCAUUCCACGAUCGCGCGGCGGCAUCUCCACGAACGUAUCAAAGGCUCGGCCUUGGGCCGCAGCCACAAUCCGCGUCGGUCCGCACCCCGAGCCGAUCGACGGACCGGCUUACACCGUUCCGCAUCCGACCGAGGCGCAUCGCCGGCCCCCAUUCGUCUCUCGCCUGUAUUUAG